AAUCACCAAAUAAGGUAUCGAUUAUCAAAGUACUCAUUUGAUAGUAUCGUUAGAACUCUACCCGUUGGUCGUAUUCAUCGCUUGUUACGCAAAGGCAACUAUGCUGAACGUGUUGGUGCCGGCGCUCCAGUUUAUUUAGCUGCUGUUAUGGAAUAUUUGGCGGCUGAAGUACUUGAAUUGGCUGGUAAUGCUGCUCGUGAUAACAAAAAGACCAGAAUCAUUCCACGUCAUUUACAAUUGGCCAUCCGCAAUGAUGAGGAAUUGAAUAAACUGCUGUCUGGUGUGACCAUUGCUCAAGGUGGUGUUUUGCCAAACAUUCAAGCUGUACUUUUGCCCAAGAAAACCGAAAAGAAAGCUUAAAGUGCACAUUGCAGU